CCGGUGCCCGCCACGGCGCUCCCCAGCGAAGCCUCCUGUCCCAUCUGCCUGGAGUAUUUCCGAGAUCCCGUCUCCAUCCACUGCGGACACAACUUCUGCCGGGCGUGCAUCACCCGCUGCUGGGAAUGGUCCACGGCGAGUUUCUCCUGCCCACGGUGCCGGGAGACGGCACCGGAGAGAACCAUCCGUCCGAGCCGGGAGCUGGCGCGGGUGCUGGAGGUGGCCAAACGGUUGAGCUUGCGGGCUGCCGGGAGGGAGACGGUGCAGGGGGAAGGAUGCGAGAGGCACCGGGAACCCCUGAGCAUCUUCUGCAAAGACGACGGAGCCUUCAUCUGCCUGAUCUGCCGGGAGUCCCGAGCGCACCGGGCUCACGCGAUGCUUCCCGUGCAGGAUGCUCUCCAGGAAUACAAGGGACAAAUCCAGGCUCGUCUCCAAGCCCUGAAGGAAGACCGAGACAAACUCCUGGAGUUACGAGAGGCUGAAAUGAGGAAAAGCUGGGAGUACUUGGAGAAGACGGAAGCCGAGCGGCAGAAGGUCUUUUCCAGGUUUGAAGGGUUGCGCCUCUUCCUGGAAGACCAUACCCACCACCUCCUGGCUCAGCUGGGGGGUCUGGAGAGGGACGUGGAGAAAACGCAGGAAGAAAACAUCACGAGCCUGACGAAGGAGAUCUCCCGCCUGGAAACCUCGAUCCAGGAGGCGGAGGAGAAGUGUCAGCAGCCAGCGAGCGAGUUUCUGCAGGACAUCAGAGGCACCUUGAGCAGGCUUGAGAAGGAAAAUUUCCCGCAGCCCCUGUUGCUUCUCCCGGAGCUGGAAAAAAAAAUCGGUCACUUCAGGGAGAAAAAUGUUGUUCUGGAGGAGACUUUGAGGAGUUUCCAAGACAUCCUGAUGUUUGAGCUGCCUGAAAAGGUCCAGGUGACCCUGGACCCAUCCACGGCUCACCCCCAGCUCGUCGUGUCAGCAGAUGGGAAGAACGUGAGGUGGGAAGACGCCCAACGGGAUCCGUCGGCUGAGGGCUUCGGCAUCGAUCCCUGUGUGCUGGGCUGCGAGGGGAUCACCUCGGGGAGAUGCUGCUGGGAGGUGGAGGUGACCCCCAGAGGCUCCUGGGCAGUGGGGGUGGCCAGGGAGUCCCUGAAGAGGAGGGAAGAGGCCGCUGUGAGCCCCGAGAUGGAGCUCUGGUCUAUGGGUCUCUGUGAGGGUCAGUUCUGGGCUCUCACCUCCCUUGAGCGUAUCCCACUGUACCAGAUCCAGGUUCCCAGAAGGAUCCGGAUCUCCCUGGACUAUGAAAAGGGUCAGGUGGCAUUUUUUGAUGCCGAUAAGAGGGCCCUGAUAUUCACCUUCCCAGCAGCUUCGUUUAAAGGAGAGAGGAUUCAUCCCUGGUUCCUGGUGUGGAGUGAGGGGUCGCAGAUCACCUUGUGUCCCUGA